AUGCGUGAAGGGCUCCUUCCGGCCGGCGUCGCCCUCCCGCAUGCGCACGUGCGGGCAGAGGGUGGGUGGGCGCGCGGAGGGCGGGGCUUCUCCCGCGGCGCGCACGUGCGUGAGGCGGAGCGCGUGGCGCCCCCCCGCGGCGGCGGGGCGAUGGAGCUGGAGGCGGCGCGGCGCGCGGUGCUGGCGGCCGUGCGGGGCACGCUCGCCGCCGACCUGCCGCGCCUGCUGCACUGGAUGCGCAACACCCGUAAGCGCCGCGCGGGGCCGCGCCCGCACCGCGCCCCUGGCUCGGCCCACACCCCCUCGGCCCCGCCGGCGGGUCGGGCCCAGGGGAGCGGUGCCCGAGCCGGGGCGCCGCCCCUUCCGGGGACCCGCGGCUCGCAGGGUUACCGGCGGUACCGGCUGCGGCGCUCGGGGCGGCUGCAGGAGAGCGUGGCCGGUGUCGGUCGGCUGCAAUCGGGGGUGGCCGUGCCGCAGCCGGCCCGGGUCCGGGCCGGGCUGUCCCGCCCGGGGCACGCGUGCCCCCACGGGUGUGCCGUGUCAGGGCCCGGCGGUGUCGCGGAGCAGGAGGGGCUGCGGGGUGACCCUCAAACCCCGCGGCGGCGCAGGUCGUGCGGAGCCACCCUGCUCCUGCCGCACCGAGACGGCUUGAGGCGCUGGGGUUGCCUCGUUCAGCUUCACACGUGUUCGCAACAGCCUUUCAGAGAUGACUUUGAUGAGCUUGUGGUGAGUAACGAUGAUGUUGUGCUCAGAAAUAUUGCUGAAGAUUUGCGGAAUCGUUUACCCAUUGAGGCAAUGUUUACUUCGGAACAUCAGGCUGUUCAGAAAAUACACCAGCAUCCACUGCCCAUGAUUCAUGUUGAUGCAUUCCUUUAUGAUGAUGAUGAUGUUGAUUCAUUGUGUGAGGAGGGAAAAAUGAGUAGGAGCUACUGCACAGAGUGUGGCUCAUACAAAACUGCAUCUUUAGAGUUUAUUUCGCAUUCCUUUUCCCUCAUGGAACUGAAGUUUCUUUAUCAACAUGUAUUGCCUGACCUGACAGGAAAGGUAGUGGUUGACGUUGGCUCCAGGCUUGGUGCAGUGCUAUUUGCGGGUUAUCUUUAUAGCUCAGCUUCCCAACUGUAUGGAGUAGAAAUGAAUGCAGACUUUUGCCAGUUGCAAGAAAUGAUGAUUACAAAGUACAAGUUCAUUGACAGAAUAAAGGUGGUUCAUGCAGACAUCUGUACUCAGCCCUCACUUCUGCAGAAGGCUGAUGUUGUUGUAAUGAAUAAUGUCUUUGAAUAUUUUCUUGACAGACAGGAACAGGCCAGAGCUUGGGAGUUUAUUGUUCGUAAUGUAAGGAAAGGAGGGUCCUUAUUAGUGACAGUUCCAAGUCUUGAGGAAUCACUUUCAAAGCUCAAGACAGAUGUACAGCUCAGUCAAUGGGUCGAAGAGGUGCAGCUAAACUAUGAUGUGUGUAUGGAAAAGGAUGUUGACAGAGAAGCGCUCGAACAGAUACAUUUAUACAAGAUUCUCUAGGAAAAGUUUACUAUUCUCAUCAUCUCCACCUUCAACUCUGAGCAUCGAGGCUUCUGAAGAUGGAUCUUUAAACCAAUUUAUGCACAGAUGUUCAGACCCUGAGCUACAGCCAACGAUAUGGGCUGAAAGAGAAAGUACAAAAAUGGAUUUAAGUGUAAUACCCAGUCAGCCCCAGGAUUUGUUGCUAUUUAUAAAAGGGCAAAGUUUUUACAUCACUUUAGGCAACAAGAGCACAACACCAAAAUUUCCAUCCCCUGCUAGAAGGUGGUGCACGAGUGCUGUGCAGGGCCAGCAGCAGCCCCGGCACUGCCCGGGCUCGCGGCCCGCGUUUGGAGACGUGCCGGCCGGACGUGCGGAGGAGGCCGAGGUGAUGGACUUCCCGUGGUGGCUGCAGUGCCGAGCCACCUCCUCAGGCAGCGGGCCUCAGCAAUGGCUGCUUCCAGCCCCUGCACUCCCCUGCAAGACGCUGUCCCUGCUCCUCGGCCCGCUCUGGUUAAGCUUCAACUAUCCUCCUCAUCCAGAGAUCCCGCUGUUAGUGCCAAAAUCCAUCCAAAUCCCACUGAAGGGCCAGCCUGCGAAGUGGUGCCCACCAAGGUGGAAACGUCAGCCUAACAGAAACAAAUUAAUGGCAGUAAAUAAAAGUCCUCUGGCAGCAUUUCCUCAUUCACACAGUCGGACUGAGCUUCACCAGAUGAAGACCACUGUUUCUAUUUGGUUCGGCAAUGCUGUUUGGAAAGUCACCACUUUUUGUAACCAGGUUUUGCAUGAACGUGAAGAAGAAUCCGUAUGUGUUGGACUCAGAGGUGGGCUGUACUCAUGGGCUCUUGUGGAACUCUCUGAGAAUCCCACCAUCGGCACAAACAUGACCUGUGUUUCCUGGCAUACCUUUCCCUUUCCUCCUCCCGAGUUUUUGACAAAUUGUCAAAAUUUGUCCUGCCAAAGAGAUUCUUUUAGAUGGUGUAAAAGAAUUACUGGGGGUGGGGAGGAGGGAGGAAGUGUUUUAUUUCAGCUUGUGUCAGCUGCUGAACAUUUUUAUCCAAGCGUGUGUGCAUGCAAUAUGCACAAGUAUUAGAUAAUGCUGAGGUUGUAACUCCUUUUGCUGCUAAACUCUCAGUUGCACAACAGGCAAGAAAUGGGGAAUUGAGGUCAUGUAUAUGCCUUGCAUGGUUUAAAACCUAUCUGUGAAGCAGGAAAUUCUCUCAUUGAACUUCACUUUUGUCACAGAGGCACAACACAUCCACUCACAAACAUUAGGAAAAAAAAGCAAGGUGAUUCAGGCCAGUAAUGGGAAGGCAAGGGCAUUUUCAAACUUGAUCUGACCUUUUAAACCUUUCUUCUUGGUACUGACUUCAGUGGGGAUACUUACCGGGAUAAGGUGUAGAAGAAACACCUUGCAUGUUUUCUCCUUUUUCUCAUUAUCAGCUGCAUUUAUUUCACUGUACCUCAAAUGACUCAAUGGUACAGAGUGUAAGUGAAAGCUAUUUUUAAGGAGGAGUCUUAUCCAUUGCAUCCAAUAAGGACUAGGCAGAGCUGUUGAUGACUCUCUGUUUGCACUAAAAGAAGCUCGCAGUUAAAAAUAACUUUCUGAUUUCUGGGGGCAACACAAUGGUUGGUAUGCUAGUUUAAAUGUUCCUGUCUCUGUAAAUCUGGGUUUACAUGCAAUGUUUUACAACAUUCUGUAAUUAUAACAAGGAGGCAAACUUUAAAAAUGUAUUUUAGGCUGAGAUAUUUAUGCCAAUUCAACUUUAAACAUGGGUACAUUUAGAGAUAUAUAAUGAUACAUUGAAUCACUAGAAAGUGUUCCUAUAGAACAAUAAACUAUGUGGAUAUAAGCAUUUUUGAAAUUUUAUAUCUGUGUCCACACUGUGGUCUAUAAGUUCCAUGUGUGAAGGUAGUCUUAAGAUUGCCCUUGCCUUUGCUUUUUUGUCUAAGAACUUCCCGGAUGACUGGAAAUUGCAACUGAAAUAAUUGUUGGUUCUUAAUUCCUAAGUUUCUGAAACUAUCAAUUUCAUUCUAUCAAUUGUGCACUGAAUUGGUACUGGUAACAAAAAGGUUUACAUUUUCCUCCUUGCUAUGAAUACUUAGCAACUGUAUGGUAACAAUCCAAAUAACUUUCCAAGCUGUCCUAAAUCUUCCAAAGAGAGCAAGACUAAAGUACGCACUGGAUUUACCACCUUUAAAGGUUUUUUCCUUUAGUUCUGCUCUACUAUGCAUGCUUUAUACAAAACAGACAUAUUUAUGAGUGCCUGACUUUUAAGAAAUGUAGACAUUCUGUCAGUAUCUUAUUUUCCCUUGGGUGUGGGGCCCCAGCAUGGAUAUUAUGGACAGUGGUGUUCGCCUAAAACUUGUCUGUCCCUGGAUCUGUGGGAGAAGGGAGAAUGAUCAUUUGGGCUUGAGCUUGAGGAGCUCUCCUUCCAGAGGAUUUCCCUGGAGUAUAGCAUUCCCCUUAGGACUAUAUUCUGUGGCUGUGAUGCACUAUGGUUGGCUCCCGUCCAAAUGUAGGACUCAGCAGGCUUGGAGCAUCAUGUAAAAGCAUGAAAUCAAACCUGAAGCUUGCUUUGUACGCAAAGCAAGCUACCAGUUUACUCCAGCCCUCCUCUGCCUUGGCUGAAGUGGUCUGAGCAUGAGCAGAAGCUUCGUGGUGGGGCUGUUCCACCUGUACACACCAUGACUCACCCUUGUGUUGUCAAGUGGGGAGACAACCAGAGUGUUUGUCAGCCAGCUACUCUCUCCUUCCAAUUCUGCUCUUAUCUGGGAUCUACCAACAGAAGAGUGCCUCAGUAGUUAACCUCUUUGCCUUAGCUUUUAAGGUCUACUGUAAGAGAUAAGUAGCAGGACAGAAGAACAUAAGGUGGAAGCCAAAGGAGUCUCAUAUUAAAGGGAUAAGUCAGAAUACUGGUCACAAUUGUGAGUCAUCACAUUUGGCAAAUGAAGGACUCAAAGAAAAUCCAGCAUGGUCUGUAUUUGAUUGAGCAGAUAUAUAUGCUUCAGACUGACUCAUCACUGUAAACUCUGACUAAAUAACCCAGAUCAGCUAGUGGGCCAACUUCUCUUCAUGUGCUUCUCAACAGAAAUUGCACUGCAUGGGAUCAUUUCAGUGUGCAAGCAGGUUUGUCUAAUCUCAGUAUUAGUGACAAAAAACCACAAAAACUGAAAACAAACAAACAAACAAACAAAGCUGGGACUGUAUAGUCAUAUAAUAAAAUCAUAAAGCAACAUCCCUUAAAUUAUUUGUUCUACUCAUCGACUACACAGAGAGGUGUUCAAUGGAAGCAAUUCAAAUAAGAGGAAUGCAUACUUAGUAAAUGGUAGGUUAGUAUUAUUCAGCCUGAGAGUUUCCAAUCUUAAAUUUGACUGUACAAAGAAUAUCUUAAUGAUACAGAUCCAGGUUUCAAGCAGGCUGAUGCAGGAUAUUUAAGUCUAUUGUAAAAUGCCAUACAUUGCUCCAGCAGUGACAAUGUGCAUAUGUAGAAAAAAUUAGCAAAUCUGCCCAUCAUUCAGUCAUUCAUUAAUUCAAAAUCCUUAAUCAGCCAUCAUUCAUUCAAAAUAUUAGUUAGCAAUAGAAAUCCAGCAUAUUUUAGUGUAAGAAAAUUACAGUAGUGUCAACACUCUGUAUUCUGUGCACUACACAGAACUACUGUAAGAGAGAAAAUGCAGUAGCAGUCCUCUCAAAGUUAAAGCUGGUUUCAGAGACACUAUUAGGAAAUGAAUAGUGGUUUCACAACAUCAUUUUAUCAUUUUGUAACCAGGUUAGAGGCCAAUCAUACAUGGUCAUUGCUGUAAAGUAGAUAAGGUCAGAGUUCCUCCCCACUAGUAUAAUGUUGUCAGCUUAAAUACCUUUAAUAGUAUUUUCUGAGAGAGAAAAAGUAGGAUAUGAUUAAAUUUAAAAUUAACGUAUCUUUUCAUUUCUAGAGUUGCAGAUACUAAACAUGCAGUAUCCGUUAAAAGCAGUGAGAACCAUAUGUCUAAAUCCUAUUAAACUGUGAAAAAAAAAAUUAAGAACGUGGAAUGCCUUUCACAGAAUUAAUCCAAUGAUAUAAGAAACAUCCCAGUGCUCCCUGAGGGGUUUGUUGAGGGAUGGGCUCUGCUGUACUGGGUGUUCUUUAAGCUCAGAGAGCCAAAGCAGACUCUGGCCAUGAUUUACUGCCCUCUGUGAUAGCAACAGACCCAACAAUUAUUCCUGCAUUUGCAACUGUGGAAUACCUGUCUUAAGGUUAUUAAGAAACUACCAAAAAUUAUGACCACACCAAAAAUUCACUGUCAACAGGGAUUGAUUCUUUACUUUUAUUUGUGACUCGUGAAAGCAACAAAAUAAUGAAUGCAUCCAGCAGCUGCAGAAUAAGGAACCUCCUGUUCUUACGAUUGCAGAACUAUUUUAAAAGCAUGUUGAAAUAUAACUGCACCAGAAUGAAAGGAAGAUUAAAUGUGUUGUGAAAAUGCAUGUGUACUUCUUCCGUGGUUUCUUUUUUUGACUGAAGAAUAUUAUUUAUAAGUGGGUAUGUUAUUAAACACUGAACAUAGUGCUUUACAGUCAGUAAAAGACAAUAGACCAAAUGUUACUGUUACCCACAGCUGGAGUGGAUUGAUAAAACUAGAACAUUGUCUUUGCUCACACAGUUUAAAGUCUAAAUAAAGACACAUGAUCAAAAGAGUGAAUUGACUUAGCAAGGUGACAGAGAAAGGGCAAAAGGUGAAAAAAGCUGUAUGAGUAAGUUAUGAAAUGCUUAACUGGAUAAAUAUUUUGCUGGGUGCUCUAAGCUUUAAAAAAGUGAUCUAUGGUUAAUGUUUACAUUACAGAAAUUAAGGAUUUUCAAAACAGCAUUUGGAAUGGAAAGGGAUGACACUAGUCCCCCAAAAUCUACUUGGUGUAUUAAAGUGAGUCAAUGCUUGCAUAUAUGUUAUACUUCUCCAUUUAUACAUGUUCCAGUAAACUGGGAGAAAGGUAUGUCAUUUGACUGAACAACUCACUAGCAAUCUAUCAUUUACACAUUUGCACAUUUAUCUUUUCAACCAUAUGUUUUUUACAAAAAUUAGAGUUCAGAAGUUAGCAUACCAUUCAAGGUCCAAGGAUGUUCUUUAUUAAGAAAUCAAAUUAACUUUUUCUCUAACUUCAGCAAGACCUUGACAGAACAAAGUGGCAACUUUGGGGGGAAAAAAAAAAGAGCAAGAGAGUGAGUGGCUAAACACAUUGCAGAAAAUACUUUCCCAGUUGCAUGAUAAUACAGGUAAAACUGAGAAAAAUUCUCCUUUUGCACUGUUUCAAGUGUAUGAUUUGGAAAAAUAUUAGUUAUUCCAACAUAAAUUUAAGUGUGGUUUUUAAGGUGACAGUCCUGUAGUAUAAUACUGUAUGUGUUCUACUUUUUCCAGAAUAACAACGGUCAUAUAUGGAAUUAUUUUGUAAUGGACAUAGUUGAAUAAAAUUUUUGGAGCAUCUUUGUGAAAAGCAGUUCUUGGUAGUUUAAAGAGGGGAAGAGAUAGGAUAUGGAAAUGAAUCUGUAGUACUGGAAGGAUCCAGUGAAAAGAAAUAUAACAUUUUCAGAUUGUGGGGAGCUUUGAAGGAGCAGCUCAACAGGGGUGGGGGAGGUUGCCCCAAGCUUGGGUCAAUCUCCCUGACUAGUGAACUAUGUUUAAUAUAUCUGUUAGUGUAUAAGUCAUCUUCUAAAAAGAAAGCAGCUUCAUUUUUUC